UUAAAACGAGAAAUAAUCUUUAUUUUAAUGAACUUUAUUUCUUUGUUAAGAAUUUCUAACUACUAACUUUGUUAAGAACUCCUUUAGACCUAGAAACCAAAACCAAUGGCAGGGUGUUGUGCUGUGUAAUCUGUUUCUGUCACCUGUGGGCUGUUUCUGUCACCUGUGGGUGAAUUCUGUGUGGCUUAAAAGGGAAUUCACCUGCAGGGUAAAACCCCAUUGCAAAAAAAAUAUCUUGGCACAUCACUGAACUGUUUUAACACCACUGGACACUAGAACUGUAGUUCCCUUUGCCCUGUAAGUCUGCCCUGGUAGCCAGGAUUCUGGGAUAGAUUCAGAUUUUUUCAUUACAAGGUGUAGUAACUGAAGUGUAGUGUCUCUCUUAUUUUGUCUGUAUAAUGCAUUUCAGAAAACAAUGCACAAUCCAGGACAUCUCAGGUUUCAAAUAAUGGUUGGCUGGUGUUGCCUUCUGUCUCUUGCCAUUGUUAUUAUGACUGUAGUGAUUGCUACAGGGACCAACUCUCAAAACAAGAAAGAAAUUGUGGGCAUGGCUGGUUUAACAGGUGCUCCACUUGGCCCUGAUUUAAGAAAAGGUCCUUCUCUUGGUCAAAGUGCUGUAAACCACAUUCAUCUUGUUUUGGGUCCUAACGAAAAAUCCUGGGAGCCCAGUCAGUUGUGUUAUUGUGAGAACACGUCCCUUCAUCUGCAGAACAACAUAGUCCAAAUCACAGCUGGAGGAUUUUACUACACCUUUGCUCAAGUCACUUUUACAGAGAACACUGAAAAAAGAAAUUCAGAAGAGGGGACAGUGACUUUGAUAGCAAAUGAAAAUGUGCUUGGCAAAAGACCCCGCACGCUGAGUGAGGUUGAGAAUGGACAUGGCACUGUGUCUAUUUCCACAGUGAUCAAACUGGAAAGUGGUGACAGUGUGAGACUUAACGUCUCAUCGCGUUCUUUGGUCCUGUUAAAAGAAGAUUCAAAAACAUACUGGGGUCUUUAUUUACUUGAUAACCAAAAUGACAAUUAAGUAUAAGCCCCCUUUCAGGUUAUAUAACACUGAAACAAAGCAAAUUGAUGCACAACUUACACUCCGGGGGCCUUAUGUAGUAGUGUAGAGUAAACUGAGUAGUCUGUUUUACUAGGCUAACAAUCAGUAAGUUGGUAUGCUAGCUAUGCUAGCUAUGCUAGCAACCUGUGUACUGCAGUCUUGUGACUGUGUACUGAUGAUUUCUAUGUGAAAUUGUGGAUAUUUUGUUACAUUUUGACAUAUUUGGCUACUGUUAAAUAAUUAGUUUAAUAAUAAUAUAAUUAUAUAAAUCAAAGCAAGCUAGAGGCUUAGCGAUUAAUGUACUGGACUAGUGAUUACAGAGAUACAGUUUCAAGCCCCACCACCACCAGGUGCUAGUGUUGGGCUCUUAAGUAAGGAUUUUGAUCCUCAAUUGUCUGGAUUGUAUCCUAUCACAAUUGUAAGUAACUUUGUGUACAAGUAUAUGCUUAGUGAUAAAAUGAUUGCCAAAUGACCUAAAUGUAUGCAGUUCUACACUAUUAGUAGUGUACUAAUUUAACAUUAGACAUUUAUGUCUGCUGUUUUAUUAAUUGACAAUAAUUUAAACCUGAUACUAACCUUACCAAAAGCUAUAAGUCUCUCGCAAUAUCUAGGCCAUGUGGUCCUUUUUUACAUAAAGGUUUAUGGCUAAAUUAGGACAAAUACAUCAACCCUGUUACAGAAGCUACCAAGACAACUACUAGAUCUACCUGUAAAAAAAAGGUUCAGGUUUACAAAUACAAGUGCAUGACAGUGAACCCAACCAUGGGGGGGACACAUAGUAUUGCUCCCUUAGGGCCAGUUCCAAGACAAAUAGAAGGGUUAUUAAAAAUAAAUAAGAGAAUUGAGUCAGGAAGGGCAUCCAGUGUAAAAACUGUGCCAAAUUAAACAUUCGGUCGAAUGAUCUGCUGUGGUGACCCUGAACAAAAACAGCUGAAAGGAAUUAUUCAUUUAUACAAUGAACUAUAAUAAUAAAUUGUAAAAACUGUUUGUCUGUCUAAAUAUCUAAGUAAAAACUCUUUAAAUAAUGUUCAUAUAAAGUUCUAUUUUAACAGAAAAUGCAAAGUUUCUUCCUCACAGAGUUGCCGGCCUCUCUGAUGCCAGCCUGUUUUCCUCUUGAAACUGUGAUACUGGGCUCGAUCUGUUCUGCCAGUGCAGACAUUCCGGAGUGGGCCGCAUGGGCUACAUCGGUUGAUAGGGUGGGGUGUUGCUCAUUUAUUGUUGUCUUUUGCUAUAUUGUAAAAAACUGUUUUAUUUAUUUUUUGUUUGUUUGUUUUUAUCGAUUACAAAGCAUAAAAGGUUAAUUGUUCUUAAUGCUUGAUGAUGAUGUAAUGUCAACAUUUGGUGUUUUUAUAAAGUUUUGCUUUGUUG